ACGGAAUCAUUUCGGUUGCACCCGACGGCUGUGCAGGAGCCAAUCACAGCACAGAACAGAGAGUGUGUGCGGAAGUAGCCGGUGGACUGCAUCAGGUUUAUUUGUGAACUCUCAUCUACCGCAGUGAGACAGAGGUUUUUGGACGGCGGACAGGAUGGAUGAAGAACCAGAGAGAGCCAAGCGCUGGGAGGGAGGCUAUGAGCGGACAUGGGAGGUCCUGAAGGAGGACGAGUCCGGCUCUCUCAAAGCCUCGGUGGAGGAGAUCUUGUUCCAGUCCAAAAGGAAAAGGGUGAUAGAGAGCCAUGGACAAGUGAGGCUCGGGAUGAUGCGUCACCUCUUCGUGGUGAUCGACUGUUCGAGAACGAUGGAGGACCAGGACCUGAAACCAAACCGCCUCACCUCCACCUUAAAGCUGAUUGAAGCCUUUGUGGAUGAAUACUUUGACCAGAACCCGAUCAGCCAGGUCGGCAUCAUCACCACGAAGAAUAAAAGAGCGGAUAAGCUGACAGACCUGGCAGGGAAUCCAAAGAAGCACACAGCAGCUCUGAAGAAGGCCGUGGACACCGUGUGUGGAGGAGAGCCGUCACUCUACAACUCUCUGAGCCUGGCCACUCAGACUCUGAAGCACAUGCCCGGACACACCAGCAGAGAGAUCCUGAUCGUCCUCAGCAGCCUCACCACAUGUGACCCGGCCAACAUCUACGAGCUCAUCAAGACCCUGAAGUCUCUGAAGGUGCGGGUGUCAGUGAUCGGCUUGUCAGCGGAGGUCCGAGUGUGCACGGUUCUGACCAGAGAGACGGGCGGCUCGUACCACGUCAUCCUGGACGAGAGUCACUUCAGAGAGCUGCUGAUGCUGCACGUCAAACCUCCUCCUGCCAGCUCCUCGUCUGAGUGCUCUCUGAUCCGCAUGGGUUUCCCUCAGCACACCAUCGCCUCUCUGUCCGACCAGGACGCCAAGCCUUCCUUCAGCAUGUCUCACCUGGACAGCAGCAGUGGUCCUGGUCUCUCUCUGGGAGGAUACUUCUGUCCGCAGUGCCACGCCAAGUACACCGAGCUCCCCGUGGAGUGUAAAGUCUGCGGUCUGACUCUGGUGUCUGCUCCACAUCUCGCCAGAUCCUUCCACCACCUCUUCCCCCUCGAGGCCUUCACAGAGACUCCUUUGGAGGAGCUUCAAGGAGACAGGUUCUGUCAGGCUUGUCAAGGAGAGCUGAAAGAUAAAAGUGUGUUCACCUGUUCCUCAUGCCACAGUGCGUUCUGUAUGGAGUGUGAUCUCUUCAUCCAUGACUCUCUGCACUGCUGUCCCUGCUGCAUCCACAGUCAGAGCGCCUCCUGAGGCCCGGAGGGGGACCGUCAGACAGAGACUGAAACAAACUCAGUGGAUUUCAUGUGUGUGGAGUUAACCCAUGCAUCCAGCUGAUGCACCCGAUAAAUCAGCCCACUUCCCUAGACUCUCCAAGGACUUGAAAGCCGCUGUCUGAGCCGCUGCGGCAUUACGUACCGAACGUCUUUAGAGACAGCAGGAACUGUGUGUGCAAUGUUUACUCACAGCUGCUGCUGUAGUUCUGUUUGAGAGAACCUGCAGUUUUGUUGCAAUUAAAAUGAUUUUUGUACCUGU